UCCGAUUUUAAACUAUGACCGCCAAUUCAUUUGUUUACAUAACAAAGAAUAAAUUCUUGGAUGGUCGGAGCUUGAUUAGAAGUCAUUGUCAUAUGAAAAAUGUUGAUUUCAUUAUUAAACAGCAUCAGUAUGGUGUGGUUUCAAAAUUUUUUAUUCAUGUAUCUAUUAGGAACGGCUUAUUCCUCUCUUUCUUCAAGAAAUUCACAAGAUUCUCACCAGCCUUUAGAUAUCUUUUUUUAUGAAGUUCCACCGAGAAAGGAUACUUUAACCUUGCCCCUACAAACUGCAGUUAAAAACAUGACCUGUCCAGAGCUGAGUGUGGAUGAAUCCUGCUUUUUGAUAACUUCGGAUGUAAGCCGUGUCAUAAAGUUCCAAUACCAGAGUUUAGAAUGCGAUAAUUGUUCAUUGAUUGAUCAUUCACUGCAACCACAAGAGUCACAUCCUAUAGUUUUUAAACUUGCAUCACUGGGUACUGUUUGGCAAAUUUCAGAUGAAGACAACAAGCAAUUAUGCAGUUACAAUGAAGGAUAUUUAGGAGAAAAUGCCAUCUAUCAUCUUUAUGUGAAUGAAACCCAUUGUUCCAUGAUAACUAAACAAGAACCAGAAUUUGUUUAUACUCCUAUUCUAAUAGCUAUUGGAGCCUACACUGUUUUAGCAUUACUUUGGAUGAUCUGGGUCUAUUUCAAAAGGACACAGUUUUUUAAUCACCUUUUCCAAAAGGAUUCUUUGGAUGUAAGUACUGAUCUUGCUGCUGCAUAUUCUUCUAGUACAACUAUUGAAGAAAAGAAAGCUAAAGCUUCAAGUCAAAGACUGCGUUCACUAGAUACUGUUAGAGGAAUAUCUAUUGUUGUGAUGAUUUUUGUGAAUUAUGGAGGAGGCAGUUACCAAUUUUUUGAACAUUCCAUAUGGAAUGGUAUAACCGUGGCAGAUCUUGUGUUUCCCUGGUUCAUUUGGAUGAUGGGGAUGUCAAUGGCUUUGUCUAUGCGAUCUCUCUUGAGGAAAGUUGUGUCUAGGAAAAAAAUAUUUUUUAAAAUUGUCAAACGUUCCUUGAUCCUAUUUGCACUUGGAAUUAUGUUAAAUACUAUCUGUACAGUUACUAAACUGGAGAAUCUUCGCAUAUUUGGUGUAUUGCAGAGGUUUGGGGUAUGCUAUUUUGUUGUGGCUACUGUGCACUUAUUUUAUGCUUCUGCUGAUGAUAAGAUGAACUCUGGUUCUGCUUUAAGAGACAUUACACAUUAUAGUGGUGAAUGGCUUAUAAUGUCUACAUUCUUGGCUCUACACCUACUUCUGAGCUUUUUGGUGCAUGAUCCCGAUUGUCCACGGGGAUAUUUUGGACCUGGUGGUUUACAUGACAGAGGUGCUUAUGAAAAUUGUACUGGUGGUGCAGCUGGUUAUAUUGACAGAAUCUUUUUAGGUUUAUCUCAUUUAUAUCAAAGUCCAAGUCCGCAAAUUAUUUAUAAAACAACAAUGCCUUAUGAUCCUGAGGGCCUUCUUGGGUAUUUCACAUCUAUUUUUCUUGUGUUUCUUGGACUUCAGGCUGGUAAAAUCCUUUUAAUUUAUAAGGAUUCAUCUGCCAGAUUAAUUCGUUGGAUAGUUUGGGGCCUUAUUACAGGUUCGAUCGCUGCUGUUCUGUGUCUGGUAUCAAAAGAUGAUGGUUGGAUACCCGUGAAUAAAAAUUUAUGGUCAGUAUCUUUCAUAAUGGCCACGGGCAGUUUAGCCUUCAUCCUACUUUCCAUAUGUUUCUUUAUAUGUGAUGUCCAAAAAUGGUGGUCAGGAGCUCCAUUUUAUUUUGCAGGAAUGAAUUCUAUUGUAUUAUACAUCGGACAUGAAAUGACACAUAAUAUGUUUCCAUUUAGAUGGUAUGUUCCUUCAACACACAUGUAUUUACUAUUUAUGAAUUUGUGGGGAACAACGCUAUGGGUUAUUAUAGCUGUGUGGAUGCAUUACAAAAAUAUUUUUAUUUCUGUGUAGUAUUAUUAAAAUUAAAAUUUUUUUAAAAAUCUUAAUUGUACAUAUGUUGGCUGUGAAUAUUUAUACUGCUUAAAUUGGACAUUUUAGUACUUAUGACUAUUUUGUAUGUUUUUAUUUAUGAAAUAAAACUUUUAAAUACUUCA